AUGGCGGCUGUUGCCACGUUGCGCUCCGCCCCAACCUCUAGCCACCACCAACCAGCCCAUUUCACUUAGGACUUGAAUCUCUAUCGGUAGCAGCGUCCUGAAUACGUAGUCUAACAGUCAGCCUAGCCCUGGUUGGUUUUACGGGGGACUCACCACGAAUCAGGCAUAUUAUCGGCACAUUUUGUGGUUGUAUUUGCGAAUAGGAGCGAAUCUGUUGGUGCGGUCUCGUCAGUUCAGAGUUAUUCUGCGGGGCGGAUAGCCAUCGGCAAUCGGCACACAUUCCCUACCGGAAAUUCAGAGUCGAUUUUAGGUCGGUGGUUAUUUCAAGGCUUGGCGCAUCGUCAGCUUACCGUUGAAUUCGACACCUGGAUCCUCGCGCUGGGCCUUCACCAUUACGCUAACCCGUCUCAAGCACUCUCCUCAAAUCGCCUCCCCGGAUCGUCCCCCGAUGCGAUUAAUCCACGGCUAAUAGGCUCCCUCGAAAUCCCCCUAAUAAAUUCCGGGUAGCAGUAGGACGACCCUACGCUCGCCUGAGCCAUGGCGGGUCAACCAGGAGGCAGCGGCCUACCUCCGGCCUCCCCUCUCACCAUUCCCAUGCCGGCCACACACCUCUCCGGUUCUCCCUCCAUGCCCGCCUCGUUUACCAGCCCAUCCAUCGACCCUAACCUCGCGAAUAAUCACAAUCUCUACCGCAGUGGGAGCGGCGCCGGGGGCUCGCCAGCCAUGGCGCCUUCGCGCGCUCCUCCCGCGUCCGACGACGAGCAGUCGCUGCUGGCCGGAGCCAAGGAAAUGGAGGCGGCAAUAUCCGCGCUACUGCACGACCCGGAUUUAACUAAGCGCCAGGCCGCGAACGACUGGCUGAAUACUUACUGCGGGCAGCCCGUGGUCUGGACCGUGGUGCUGUACUUAGCGUUUCCGCCGCCAGGAGCGGGCGUGGGCGGCGCGGCGGACGUUAGGUUCUUCGCGCUUAACAUCCUGCUGAAUAAGAUGCGGUCGGACUGGGGCCAGCUGUCGCCGGAAGACGCGGCGGAGAUCUUCGAGACGCUGGUGCGGCAGCUGCCGGCGGCGCUAGCGCCGGGGAUGGAUCCCGUGGUGCGGUCGCGGCUGUGCAUCGUGAUCGGCGCCGCGGCUGCUCUAGCCGGCCCGAACACCUGCUACGAGCUGAUGGAGGCGGUGGAGAGGCAGGCGGAGUACGGAGUGGCGGUGGAGCUGCUGACCGCACUGGCGGAAGAGGCGCUGCUGCGCGCAAGGGCGCACCCCAGAGAGGUGAUGGAGUGUCUGCAGGACUGCUGCCCUAAGGUGAUCCGGCUGCUGGAGAGGGCGCUCACAUCGUCAGUGGCGGACUCCCUGCCGCCAGACACCAUCGCCAAGAGCCUCACCUGCCUCGCACGAUGGAAGCAAGCGGGGCUGACGCUAUCGGAGCUGCACCGGGAGCACGCGUCCCUGCACCAGGCGCUGCUGCUGGCGCUGCAGUCGCGCCACAGCGCCGUGCAGGACGCUGCUGUGGGCGUGCUGUCGGAGCUGCUGCUAGAGGUGGACAUCCUGCCAGGCAGGGACGAGGCAGUCAAGGCCACGAUUCAAGGUCUCGUUGCUCUGAGGGGUGGCCCACACGACAGCACAGACAGCCCAAUAGUGCCCCUGGUGGCGGCAAUCGGCACAGCAGAAGCAGGGCUGCUAUCCGGUGGGGGGGACAUGGAGAUGCGCCUCCUGCAGUGGCUGGUCGAGCUCACCGCAGGAGGCGCAGCCGGGGGGGGUAGUACUGCUGCAGCGAAGGGGUCUGGCGCUGCUGGCGGGGCAGCAGCAGGGGGGAGGGUGGGGGGAGCGGGGGAAGGAGCUGGGGUGGGUGGUGGAGGGGGAGGGGGAGGGGGAGAGGAGGAGGUGAGGGUGAUGGAUACAGCAGCGAUGGCAGCGGAGGUGUGGCCCAAGGUGGCCAAGGUGCCCAGGAAGAGGAGGGCGCCGGCGCUGCAGUCCGGAGAGCUCUUCACUGCGGUGCUGCAGGCGGUGCUGUCAGCGAGCACGUACCCACGCACAUCCCUGGACGACAUAGACGUGGAUCCAGAUGACUUCCUGCGGUACCGCGAGGGCCCUGCAGCCGACGCGUUGGAGGCGUGUUACUUGGAGUUGGGAGCCGUGUUCCUGGACCACGUGUCGCUGCUGCUGCGCUCCGCUGCCUCCUGGCAGGCCGCAGAGGCCGCCCUCUUUGCUGCUGGCGCCGCUAGUAGCGCUAUUCUUGACAGGGCCGGGGUGGGGAAGCAGCAGGGGGGAGGGGGAGGGGAAGGAGGCAGGGGAGGGGAGGAAGGGGUGACGGAGAGUGAGACGAACGCUGCGCGUGUGUUCCUGUCGUCGCUGUUUGCGUCCCUGCCCGGCUCGGCUGCUGUCAUUGCCAAAGACUCGGCCAACAUCCCGCCAGCCGCUCUGGUGGCGACGGCCAUGCACACAGUGGCGGCGUUUGCGCCCUUCUGCGCGCACCACCCCCCGGCUCUCGAGGCCGGAGUGCUCUACGCCGUCGCUGCUCUCCACAUACCCAAUGCCACAGGCAAGGCGGCAGCAGCACUACAAAGCCUCUGCGACGCAGCAGCGCCCAACCUGGCAGCAGCGCGGGUUCUCGCCCCGCUCAUGCAGUCGUGCGAGGAGGCACUAGCAGCAGCGGCGGCGCGGGGAGGAGGGGGCAUGGAGGUGGACGACCGGGUGGCGGUGGUGGCGGGGCUAGCAGCAGUGGCGGCGAUGAUGCCACAGGGGGAGGCGCAGCCUGCGCUGGCCAGACUCGCUGCGCCGGCGUUGAAUACCGUGCAGCAGCUGGCGCCCAUGCAGGACUCCUCGCCCUACUCACAAGCGCUGCUGUCCGCAGACCUAAGGGUCAUCGCAGCCAUUGUGUCGACAGUGGGCGACAAGCUCCACGCAGCCAGAGAAGCAAGCGCAGCAGGCUCAGCUGCCGCUGCUGCUUCGGCUGCGUCAAGCCCUGGCGGAUCAACAGCAGCAGCAGCAGGAGGAGGGGGGGCAGCAGCAGGGAGCGGGGCAGAGGCGCUACUCCUCCCGCUGCUGCAGGGCGCGUGGCCGUCGUUUGAUCUGGUAGCAGCGAGAUGGGCGGAUGAUGCAGUGGUGGGAGCUGCGCUGUGUGGGCUGUGGGGGGCCACUGCGAGGGCGGUUGGGGGCCAGCUGGCGCCAGUGCUGCCGCAGGUGAUAGGCGCUGCUGCGGGCAUGUUCCAGCGCCACCUGCAUGCCGCAUGCCUCAAGUGCCUCGCUGAUAUUGUGUCCAUGCCUCGUGUGGGCGCGCGGGCAUCAGCCGAGGUGCAGGCGAGCCUGGCAGGCAUUCCGGACAAGCUCGCUGCAGCGCUACCCGUGCUGCAACAAACCAUCACACAAACAGACAAGGGGGGCAAGUCCCUGCACAGACCCUCUAGACCACAGGGCCAGGGGCAGGGGCAGGGGCAAGGGCCGGGGCAGUUGUCGCAGCAGCAGCAGCAGCAGGAGCAGCAUGCGCGUGCGCUGGAGACGCUGCAGGCGUUGUGGGAUGUGGCGCGGGCGUUUGUGGCUCAUGCACCGGAGCUGCUCCUGCCUUCCCCCACGUUCCUUGUGCUCUGCCAAAACGCAGUCUCGUGCAUAUCCUGGGCGGACUCAGAGGCAGUGGAGGCAGCAGCGAGGUUCCUAGCAGAAACCAUAGUGGGGCAGUCCUUGAUGCACGUGCGCCAGAUGGCUCCAGAGGCACUUGCUCUGGCAGCCACGCUGCCGGGCACAUGGGUCAUUCCGCCCGGUCUCAGGGGCGCUGUUGAUGACAUGUGUCGGCAGCUCGGAGGGGCUGUUGUACAGGAGGUACUCUCAGCAGUGGCCAAGGGGGCGGUGGGUCACGAGGCGGAGGCAGCACUGGCCGAUGCAUUGAACGCCCUUUGCUGCACGCAUCCCCGGGAGUGCGAGGCUGCCAUAGUCGCCACUCUGUCUGGCCCCUCCUCCCCCUGCCGCCGCGCUGAGCUGUCUCCGCGCCAUAUUGAGCUGUUUGUUGCAGCAGCCACCCGGCAACCACCCCACCCCCGCCGCCGCUUCCACUGCUUAAUGUCAGACUUCGGCAAAGUAUCGAGCGCACUGAUGCCACCCGAGGCCUUUGAAGGGUACUGAAUAGGAUUUGCUAUUUGGAGUUUCAUGGUUGCUGUUGCAUCAGGCACCAGCUACCAGUAUGGUACGGGUUAAAAAAAGGCCCAUCAAUUGAUAAUCUGUCACCAAUUAUCAAGAUUUGUGCUACACGUCAGCAGCAUGUAAGGCAACCUCAAGAGGCCUCAAAUUUGAAGGGUGUUUCACCCUGAUUGCCCUUGCCAGCGGCCGUUUUUUAGGGAUCACCCUGAUUUUGUAAGGGCAUUUUUUCCAUGACCCUUAGUCAAAAAGUGCAAAGAGCGCGUUCUUCCCAAGCAACCUCUUCC